AAGGUUACGAACGUGUGUAGUUCGCGUUGCGUCUUCUGGGCAAUUUUGGGAGACAAUUUACCUUCUUCGUGUGAUUUUUGGAGGAUUUUCGGCCUCUGGUUUCUCCGUGCUUUAGAAUUUUGGCGACGCGGAGGUGCUAUGGCGGCCGCCCGGCGUGUUGGAAGGGCCGACUGAGCCCGGGGUUCCGGCAGCUACUCCAGCACGAGCGGGGCAAUACAAUGGCCAGCGGCAACAGCAGUGGCAUUGGGUCCUCGCUGUUCAGAGGGGCGCUCCACGGCAACACCAGCAACACCAACAACCAGUCUGGUCACCAGGUCAACACAAGUCACCACCACCACCACCCCCAGCAGCAGCAACACCAUCACCACCACUCCGUCACCCUUCACAGUCAGCAGGGGGUUGGGGUCUCGGCUCAGGGUUCCCACCAGGCCCAGUCCCAGCCGCCACCCCCUCCGCAGCCCCAGCCCCAGGCGUCCAUGGGAUCUUCGUCCUUCAGCUCUGAAGAACCACGGCAAGCAAGGGGAACAACUGGAGUGAGAGAGAGUCCUGAUCACAUGUCAACAUUGAUGGCCAAACUCUGGUUUGACCACAAUGUAGAGUCCUCACUCUCCUCGCUAAAGAAGGAGGAACAUGAGAAGCGCACCAAGGACUUGCGUAAACAGUUGGAGUACAUCUCAGACACCAACUGGAAGUACUUACCCGUUGAGAAGUACAUAGGGCAGCAGUAAUGGGAAGGAGGUUCAACUCAACGACUCUUUGUGCUGUGUUUGAUGUGAUAAUUGAUAAAUGAUAAAUGAUUGGGAAGAACUUUUCUCAGAAAACAAAUGUGAAUUGUGAAGGAUUUUUUACUUUAGUACUUAAAUUAAGUUAAGAAGAAGAAAUUGGUGCUGCCAUGUUCAUGGUCCUGAUACACUUUCUUUUAUAGAUACUUUCUCUUUGAGAUUUUGGAGCUAUUCAGUAUUUAUAUUGUUUGACCCAAAAGACUGU